GCAUAGUGAUGCGCUGUAGAGAGGGGUAAAACGGGGCGUUUGAAGAGAGCCGUAGGGUUUGUUCACCUUCAGCUUCAAGCUGGUGAGGGAGUAAGUUUUGUCUGUGAUUUUGUUCCCAGUCGCCUCCAAUAGAAGCGAGAAGGAGCUAAAAUCAAAGAAGCGUAUCGGAACCAUGACUGAUUAUACACAGGAGCAGGAGAUGGAAAUUGAAGCAUUGGAAGCAAUACUUAUGGAUGAAUUCAAAGAAAUUCACUCAGGCGAGAGUGGCUUAAAUACUUCCAAUCGAUGCUUCCAAAUUACUCUAUCUCCACAAGAUGAUGAGGCAGAUUAUGAGUCAACAACCCUUCCAGUUCAGCUGGGUUUGAUUUUUGCACAUACAGAAAAGUAUCCAGAUGAACCUCCACUUUUAAAUGUGAAAAGUUUACGUGGAAUACAAGCAGAAGAUCUUAGAAUUUUGAAAGAAAAGCUUCAACAAGAGGCAUCUGAAAAUCUUGGUAUGGCUAUGAUUUACACGCUAGUCACAUCAGCUAAGGAAUGGCUCUCAGAACGAUUUGGUCAAGACAGUAGCAUUGAGGGUGCCCAAGCAGAAGAAGCAGCAAAAGAGGAUAUAGUUGUACCACAUGGAGAACCUGUCACUGUUGAAACAUUCUUGGCAUGGAGAGAGAGGUUUGAAGCAGAGUUGGCGCUUGAACGAGCCAAGCUAAUGCCCGAGUCUGCACUUACAGCACCCAAGGAAAAGAAGCUCACAGGCAGGCAAUGGUUUGAAAGUGGGAGAGCUUCUGCAAAAGGUGCAGCCCAAGUCACUGAAGGAUCUGAUGAAGAAGAUGAGGAAGAUAUCUACUUUGAUGAUGAUGAUUUGGAAGAUGAUGAAGAAGAUAUGCUUGAGCACUAUUUGGCUGAGAAAUCCGACUCAUCCUCGCACUCUUCAAGGAGAGCAAACUAAAAAAGGUGCACAAUAUGGCAUAAAAAAACACUUGCCCAGUUUUUGACGGUGUUUUAUUGCACUCUUUUUAUGCCUUGAGGAGGAAGACGAGGUAUAGUUUAGUGAUUAUGAUAUUGUAUUAUAAGGGGUGAGAAGAGAGUGGACUUAAAAUAAAUUAAAUGUAAUUUGAAAACUCUGUUUUGGUGGAGCAUUAUUCUGCAAUCUCCAUUCCCCAUUAAGAAGAAAAUCAUUAUUCUAUCUGAGAAA